AUGCUGCUGCCGGCGCCCACCUCACUUGCCCCGAACGUCUAUGCGGCCGGACCGUUGGACCGUGCCGAAGAGCUGCGUCGGGACGAGGUCAAGUUGGCCGGCGUGUUGACGGACUCGACCAGCCUCUUUGUUCCGGUCUGGCAGGAUCGCCACCUCUUUCGCGAAGAUGGGUGCGGCGGCGCGGAAGCGGUUUUUCUGUCAGCCGACCGCGCCGAAGCCCUCAUGGCUGGCGGCGCCGACUCCUGCUUUCUCGGGCUUCGCGAGGGGGUCGCGUACUUCGCGCUGGACCUCGGCCAUCUGGAAACACCGGAUCACGCACCGGCCUUGGCGGGGCUCGGCGACUUCGCCGACCUUCGGCGUAUCGGCCCGCUGCUGGCUCGCGACGAUAGCGCCAUCCUGGCACUUGCGCGCGCUCUGGUGCACUGGCACGGGCGGCACCGGUUCUGCGGGCUUUGCGGUGGAGAGACCCGCUCGGAACAGGGAGGGCACCUCCGCCGCUGCCAGACGCCGGACUGCGGAGCGCUUCAUUUCCCGCGGACCGACCCGGCGGUGAUCAUGUUGGUGCACGACGGCGGCGACCGCUGUGUGCUCGGGCGACAGGCGCGAUUCCCGGCCGGCAUGCACUCGACCUUGGCCGGAUUCGUGGAGCCCGGAGAAAGCCUGGAAGAUACGGUCGUGCGCGAGGUCCAUGAGGAAGUGGGACUGACGGUGCGGCAGGUGACGUAUCACUCCAGCCAGCCCUGGCCCUUUCCGUCUUCGCUCAUGCUCGGCUUCUACGCGGUCGCCGAGCCGGCGAGUCUGAGGAUCGAUCCCCAUGAACUUGAGAGCGCGGCCUGGUUCACGCGGUCCGAGCUUCUGAAGUCGCCGGAGGAUGACAGCUUCCGGCUGCCACGCUCGGACUCCAUCGCACGCCGUCUGGUUUCGGACUGGCUGACAGGGCAAUGGCAGCAGCGGUUGUGA